AUGGCCUCCGAGAAAGCGCCCCUUCAGCUGGGCCUCCUCCUGGGGGGCUCUGCCUUGCUUGGGGCCUUGUGGCUGCGGAGGCGGCGUCAGCGUCUGGCAGACCCCUAUGGUUUCGACACCCCCGUGGAUCGAACCAAACUGCACACGGUGAAGCAUGAGCUGCCCUUGGAGAUGUACGGCGAGGCUGCAAAGGAAGCAUUGAAUCUGUGGGUAGCGGACAUGGAGCUCCCUUGCUGUGAGGAGAUUAGGGAAACCAUCGUGCGUCGCGCGGCCGAGAAGACGUUCGGCUACACUUUGCAACCGACCGCCAUCUGGGAGUCAGCUGGAAGAUGGCUGGUGGAGCAGCAGGGUUGGAGUUACAAGCCGCCGCCCGAGCAUUUCGCCUUCUCGGCCAGCGUCGUGACCAGCGCUGCCAACAUCAUCCGAGCAAUGACAAACCCAGGGGACCAGAUAGCGUUGAUGGUUCCACUUUAUGCUCCGCUCCAGAACAUCGUCCUUGCCUGCGGUCGCACCUUGAUACGAUAUCACCUUCAGCAAAACAAGUCCGGCCAGUACGACAUGGACGUCAAGGGAAGCUUGUCUGCCUUGCUGGACACCAAGAACAUCAAGAUCCUCAUCCUCUGCAAUCCGCACAACCCGAUUGGCCGCGUGUGGAAGCGUGAGGAGUUGCUCGAUCUUGCGCGGAUCUGUCAGAAGAGGGGAAUCGUGGUGAUGUCAGACGAGAUCUGGGCCGAUUGGUGCUUUGAGCGCUUCACUCCGUUUCAGCCCGUGGCGCAGGAGGUGGGUUGCAAGUGCAUCACGCUCGGCGCGCCGACGAAAACUUGGUCAAUGGCCGGCCUACAUGCCUCUUAUGUCGUCGUGGCUGACGACGAGCUGCGCAAGCAGUACCUUGCGUACACAGAGCCGAGCUUUCUGACCUUCGCCAGCAUCUUUGCCACUGAGAUGAUGCUCGUGGCUUACGACCGGGGAGGCCCCUGGUUCCUCGCUGCGAAGGCCUACAUCAAGGCGAACUUAGUCUUCUUGGAGCACUUCCUCCUGGCACACGUGCCCGGGGUGCGCCUUGUGCCACACCAGGCCACCUACUUGGCCUGGCUUGACUGCUCUGGUCUGGGAUUCGAUUCCGGCAAGGAGUUGAACAGCUUCAUCCUCCACGAGGCCCGGCUUGUUCUUUCUCCCGGGAGCGAGUUCGACGCCGAGAAAUCCUGGCAUUUCCAGCGGAUGAACAUCGCCUGUAGCAGGUGUCUGCUUGAGGAAGCCGGGUCUCGCUUGCGUGCUGCCGUGGCGCGGCGCAGCAGGACUCGAUAG